AAUAUUUCCAAGAAAUCCAAUUUACCAGAAAAAAUGCAAAACGAGACCGAGCUGAAAAACCGAAAAUCUCCGAAAGUUUUGUCACCAGCGUCAAUACCAAUUUUAAAAACUUACGACGAAUCUUCUCGCCCAGUAGUUCCACCUAACACCCCCAAGAAUUUUGAAUUGCAUAUGUUGCAACUACCUCAAUUGCCGACUGAUAUCGAUAAAAUCGAAAUUCCGAUCAUUCGCGAAGUUGGUAUCCGAGACUCCAUCGUCAUUAUAUCGAAAUAUUUCGGCUGUGAAGAUUAUAAAUUAAAUUUAGUUCAGUUUUGGUUUGUAGAUAUAAUUUUAGAUCUGCUUUGGAGGUGCCAAGAUGAAUAUAACUUCCCAUUGGAAUACCAAAAAGCAAUCUUAGAAUGGUUUUUUUUCAUAGUCAAAUUUAUGGGUGUUAAAAAUAUGACACGGAAUCAGCUGUUCGAAAUAUUUGAUGAAGCGAUCAAUCUUGCGGAAGAAUAUGUAAACUCAGGUUGCACACAACAUUUACCUAGUCCAAAUAAUUUGUUUACUGUGAAAUACCAAUUUACAUUGUCUAAUGAUAUAAUUCCUGAAACGACUGCGAAGUCUUCUGAUACCAAUACAUCCAUAAAGUCAGAAAAUAAGUAUCACGAGACCUAUUUUGCCCUAACAAAUCAAGGUGGUAUUCGUGUAUUUAAAAUGCCAGAAAAAAGUGGUAGCUGCGCGGACCCUUGGUUAAGUUCAUCUAUUGAAACUCUCUCCGAACAACUUCGAAAACCAAAACGUCAAACGAUUAAUGAAGACACUCAAUCCGAAGAUUCAGCGAAUUCCGAAUCGUUGUGCCAGAGUGACAUCGGCACCCAUUCUAGUUUGAAAUCUUUACAGAAAUCGGUCCAUGAAUCGCCGAAUGAUCUUACUACAUUUCCGGAAGAAUGUAUUGGCGAUGUGUGGUAUAAUAUUCCCAAAAAGAAUGUGGUAUCUGAAUGUCCGAGUUUAGUUAUUGAACCACAAAAAGACCUUUCACAACCUAUGAAUUCCGAUUCGUCCACAGAGUAUUCGAUUGGAGAACCAAUAGUCGAUAAUCCGCAACACAUCAAACAGGAAAUAUUUAAAGCAUUUUACGAUUACAACUUCUGGACUAUGAAAAACGAAUAUAUGGCCGAUCCCAACAAAGGAUGGAGUCCUUCGCUUGAUAAUAGUAGUAAUCAAAUUAAGGAAUCCAGCGGCUUAAAUCCAAAACGUCAAUUUAAAUUUCCGUCAAACGACAAGCAGACACCUCGGGAAACGAAUAAAAACGUUUCGACCAAUUCGUGUUUGAUAAUGGCGGUCAAGCAAUUCGUUUUCGAUUAUUUUUACGACAGUUUCGCGUUCGAGCUUAUUAAGAGUUCAUUAAACGGCGGUCAAUAUACGUUUAUGCAAGAUCUAAACACUGUCUGGUUCGUUCCGAAGCAAAAUAAGACCGAACUAAAAAAACCUACUCCCAAAAACGAUCAGCUCGAUAAAACAAAGACAAACAGGAAAAAUAACGCAGCUGUUAAAAAACCGGAAAAAAUUAAAGACGAGAAUAUCGUUAGCGAAAUAUCCAAAACUGGUAAAAGCAAACCGUUGGAUAAAAAGCAAAAAAGAAGAGCAGUCGAGAUGGAAACUGUUAAAAUGGAACACAAACUGGACGAGGUAGAUGCAACUAGUAUUCAAACAUACAUAUUGCCAUUAAAUGAUGCAGUCAACGAUAAUUUUUUUUCAAAUAUUUUUGUGCGCUAUCGACCGAAAAAAACAAACUGGAAAUAA